GCAUCUGCAUUUUCGUCGAUCUUUUGUACGCUAGUGAUGCACAGCUGGAUCAAUGAAAUUGAGAUGGCUUUCUAUAAAUUCAUAUGCUUGUUUGUUAAUGCACUGUAGCAUGACAUGGAAUCUGCUACAUUAGAAAAAUGCAGAUACAGAAUUUGACUUGUGUCCACACCGUGAGAAACCCUGAUCAGUCAUGGAAGGAGCCAAGGAUGCACGUGGUGAACGAACUGCGAGGAGGAGGGUGUGCUCUUGCUCAAAGGAUGACUUCCUCCCUGAAGAAUCCUUCAGGAGCUGGGGAAAUUACUGGGGCGCGCUCAAGGAGACGCCGGCCCGCCUACAGGACCGACUCCUGACCCGGUCCCUCGAGACGACAGAGCUCCAUGAGGUCAGGGCCCGGAGCCAGCAUGAGAUGAAGCGGACACUGAUGUGGUGGGACCUGAUCUGGUUUGGGAUUGGGGCAGUCAUCGGCGCUGGCAUCUUCGUGCUCACUGGCCUCCAGACGAAGGAACAUGCCGGCCCUGCGAUCGUGCUCUCCUUUGUGGUCUCCGGUGUAUCGGCUAUGCUCUCAGUCUUCUGUUACACUGAAUUCGCAGUAGAAAUACCGGUGGCAGGUGGAUCAUUUGCCUACUUGAGAGUGGAGCUGGGAGACUUCAUGGCCUUCGUUGCGGCUGGCAACAUCAUACUCGAAUAUUUGAUCGGUGGUGCUGCCGUCGCGCGCUCCUGGACAUCCUACUUCGCCACUCUCCUCAACCACAAACCCGAGGACUUCCUCAUCAAGGCCCAUGGCCUUGCUGAUGGCUACAACGAACUCGACCCCAUCGCCGUGUGCAUCUGCGGCAUCGUCUGCGUCUUUGCAGUCCUCAGCACCAAGGGCUCGUCCCGCCUAAACUACAUCGCCUCCAUCGUGCACAUCCUGGUGAUCGUCUUCAUCAUUGUGGCAGGCCUCACAAAGGCCGACACGGCCAAUUACACCCCGUUCACACCCUUCAAUUCCCGCGGCAUCUUCAAGGCCUCAGCCGUCCUGUUCUUCGCAUAUGUUGGGUUCGAUGCUGUGUCCACGAUGGCGGAGGAGACCAAGAACCCUGCGCGGGACAUCCCGAUCGGCCUGAUUGGGUCCAUGGUUAUGACUACAAUUGCAUAUUGCUCAAUGGUCAUCACACUGUGCCUGAUGCAGCCGUACUACCAGAUCGAUACACAUGCCCCAUUCUCGGUCGCGUUCAAGGCAGUUGGGAUGGACUGGGCCAAGUACAUCGUUGCCUUCGGCGCACUCGAGGGCAUGACAACAGCGCUGCUCACCGGGGCCGUGGGGCUGGCCCGGUACGUCACGCACAUUGCCAGGACGCACAUGAUGCCACCCUGGUUCGCCAAGGUCAACGAGAAGACCGGGACGCCCGUGAACGCCACCGUUGUGAUGCUCUCGGCAACAGCGGUCAUCGCCUUCUUCACAAAGAUGGACAUUCUGGCCGACCUCCUCUCCAUCUCCACAUUGUUCAUCUUCAUGCUUGUGGCAGUCGCCCUCCUAGUGCGCCGCUACUACGUCAACGGGGUCACCAAGCCUGCAGACCGCAACAAGCUCAUUGUCUGCCUCUCGCUCAUGGUUGGAUCUUCGAUUGCAACGGCCACUUAUUGGGGCCUCAGCGAGCAUGGCUGGGUCGGGUAUGUGGUCACGGUACCAAUCUGGUUCCUAGCGACUGUGGCAUUGAGGGUGCUUGUCCCGCAGGCUCGGAAGCCAAAACUAUGGGGUGUGCCGCUGGUCCCUUGGCUGCCGUCGGCCUCGAUUGCCAUCAACAUAUUCCUGCUUGGGUCGAUAAACCGAGCAUCAUUUGAGCGGUUCGGGCUGUGGACUGGGUUCUUGUUGCUGUACUACUACUUCUUUGGGCUACAUGCUUCGUAUGACACAGCCAAGGAGAGUGGAGAGACCAAGGGCAAGGAUGGCUUGGAGUGGAAGAAGGUCGAGGAAGGGAAUGUGAACUCCACAACAAAUGCAGGCCCUGGCAGUGAAGCUUCUGCCAUUCCUAGUACUUAAGAAAACACACUGCCUUGUAAACUGCUGUCAUUGCUGACAGCUGAUGUUUAAUGCGUUCAUGAUACUUGUGACAUCGUGCUACCCAAGAAUUGACCGUUCAUAAGCAAACCUUGUUUUAAAGACUUCCAAUACUCUCUUGA